AUAUUGAAAUGGAGCCCCGGCAAUCUCAUAAAAGGGCCGUGCCAGCCCUCCAUUUCAUUGUAGUUUCAAAAAUGUUCAAAUACCUGGCACUGGUACUAUUUAUGCUUGGCUGUGCUGCUGCCCAGGAACCAAGGCGCGAUGCAGAGUGGCCACCGCCCGCGAUUCUCAAACUGGCAAAGCAUUUUCACGACAUUUGUGCACCCAAAACCGGCGUAACUGAUGAGGCCAUCAAGGAGUUCAGCGAUGGGCAAAUACACGAGGACGAGGCCCUCAAGUGCUAUAUGAACUGCCUGUUCCACGAGUUCGAGGUGGUCGACGACAAUGGUGAUGUCCACAUGGAGAAGCUCUUCAACGCCAUUCCGGGAGAGAAGCUAAGGAACAUUUUGAUGGAGGCUUCCAAAGGCUGCACGCAUCCCGAAGGCGACACUCUGUGCCACAAGGCCUGGUGGUUCCACCAGUGCUGGAAGAAGGCAGAUCCUGUCCACUACUUUUUGGUCUAAACGUAAUUUUACUAAAGUUAUUUAGGAACAGAUAAGUUCGGCACUGGUGAGCGGAGCUAAGAGGACACAUACUUUCAAUGCUCGUAAAAAUUCCAAAAUGUAGUAGUUUGUUUAUAAUAAAUGGUAAAAGGAUUUAAAAAUCAUAUAAACAUUUACUUUAAAUAUAUGAAUUUAAAAGAAAUGAUUAUUCUCUUAGGAAUAAUUAUUGUACAGUUCAA